ACUAUUUAUUUAGUGUAAAGAAGUAAAACAUGAUAGUCUGAAAAAUGUUUAAUGCUUUCUGCUUCCUCCAUAGAAUGCUAAAUGUGCCCUCACUCUCACAUUUGCACAGUAAAAAAAAAUCACAGGGAAAGUAAAAAUAACACAGUGAUGGUUGACAUUUUUGGAAGUGUUGUGAUGUUGACACCUCCCAAAAUAUGUCACCUUCACCAGCUGCUCUCCUCAAUGUUACACUCAGACACAGCAACCAAAAAAAAAAAAAAAAAAAAACGAUGUGCCACUCAAAACGGCAUUCACUGCUCUAGUCUGGUUUCAUUAGGCAAUAACAUCCUCUAACUGUUCUUCUCUGGGUUGCAGGUUCCACCACCUUGGAUUAUUCCCCAGCGUGUUGACCAGUAAUUUUGUGCUGGUGAAGGCUGAAUUUGGAGGUUGUGUGACAUCUGGGGCCACAUGACGGUCCAGGCUGGAAGGAUAGAGGUGGCGCUAGUUGACUUUGAGACUAUGGAGGGUACAGACAUUGGUGUGGACAACUUCAAUGACCCGGACUAUCCCAACGAAAUGACAACUUUAACUGUAGAAAUGCCAGAUUUUGGGCCUGGCACCACAUACUGCAACUCUGCAAAAGUGUCGCCGUUUAAGACACCACAAAAUUUGGAUAUACCACAAUCACCCAUCCUCACCUCUCACGCAAGGGGAGGACGUGCCAGCUGUGCGAGUCUUAUUUCCAACUGGAAGUUACUUGUGAACAGUGAAGGAACCCAAAGUGAAUCGAUCUUCAGUAGACUGACCAAAGAUUGCUACGAGGACUUGUUUGUUGACAAGCGAGCGCUUGAUGAUGGUGAUCAGAAGGUCAUCAUUAACAUUGCUGGUCUUCGCUUUGAAACCCGGCUGAGGACCCUUGACCAGUUCCCGGACACUCUCCUGGGUGACCCUAUGAAAAGAAUGGGCUAUUUUGACCCUAUGAGAAAUGAGUACUUCUUUGACCGCAAUCGCCCAAGCUUCGAUGGGAUCCUUUACUACUAUCAAUCUGGGGGUAAGAUCCGAAGGCCUGCGAAUGUACCUUUAGAUGUUUUUGCAGAUGAGAUCAUUUUCUACGAGUUGGGACAAGACGCAAUGGACCAGUUUCGAGAAGAGGAAGGCUUCAUCAAAGAUGUAGAGAUCCCUUUGCCGUCCAAUGAGUUCCACAGGCAGUUCUGGCUGCUGUUCGAAUAUCCCGAGAGCUCAAAUGCAGCCCGAGGAGUUGCUCUAGUUUCCAUCUUUGUCAUCGUCAUCUCCAUCAUCAUCUUCUGCAUGGAGACUCUCCCGGAAUUUCGAGAAGACCUGGAGAUUUUUCCUACAGCAGUUUUGUCCUUCAACGAGACUUAUCACUCUGGAUCUCCUCUCCCAAGCUCCACUCCAAAAACCAUCAGCAGCACCUUCUCCGACCCCUUCUUUAUCAUUGAGACGGCCUGCAUCAUCUGGUUCUUCUUUGAGCUCUCAGUGCGUUUCCUGGUUUGUCCCAGCAAGCGGGAGUUUUUCAACAACAUCAUGAACAUGAUUGACAUAGUCUCCAUCGUUCCCUAUUUCGUCACUUUAAUAACCGAGAUUGUGACCACCACCAACAAGUCCAACACGGGGCAGAACAUGUCCCUGGCCAUCCUGCGAAUCAUCAGGCUGGUGCGAGUCUUUAGGAUCUUUAAGCUUUCCAGACACUCCAAGGGGCUGCAGAUUCUCGGCCAGACACUCAAGGCCAGCAUGAGGGAACUGGGGCUGCUCAUCUUCUUUCUCUUCAUUGGUGUCAUCCUCUUUUCCAGCGCCAUCUAUUUCGCAGAGGUGGACGAUCCCAACACUCAGUUUGUUAGUAUUCCUGAUGGAUUCUGGUGGGCUGUAGUGACCAUGACCACUGUGGGUUAUGGAGACAUGUGUCCUAUUACAUUAGGUGGUAAGAUUGUGGGCACUCUUUGUGCCAUUGCAGGUGUUUUGACCAUUGCCCUACCAGUGCCUGUGAUAGUCUCCAAUUUUAACUAUUUUUACCAUAGAGAGACCGAGCAGGAGGAGAAGCAGCCCAUAGCUGAGUCAACUGAAAAAGCUUUAAAGUCAGGGAACAAUACAAAACAUGGAAGUAGUUCCUCUUUGAACAAGGUAAACGGGAACUGGCAGACUGAAAAAAAGUGUUAAAACGCACAUUUAGCAUACAUGUUUCUUGAGGGCAAUUCUCAUCAAACUGGUCUAGGUCAUAUUUCAACCAAAAAUCAUGAUAUUUCACCCCAUAACCACUAGUUCAGUGUUAUAUAUUCUGCUGACUUAUGUAUUUGCAUUAUCCCAAACGAGAUCUAGAGAAAUAAGCAUUAUUAUCUAGUGAGUGUGUGUGCUCUGUGACCAUGCUAAUUAUGUCAUACACUCUCGAUUUCUGUUUUAUUUUUAAUGUAUUUAGACAAAACAGGGAAAUACCAAAGUGGCUUUAUUAUGUUGUGUGUUUUAUUUUUUUAUUAGACUGCCCAGGGGUGCGUUUCCCAAACAGCCACAUAACUCGUGGCUGAACUAUCAUAGUACCAUGCAUCGUUUGGCAAAGUAGUGAUAAGUGUUUUACAAAACCGUAGUUGCUUUGUCGCAGAUCUAUCAAGUGAAUCACAUUAGUUGUAACAUAAAACGUCUAUAAUGAUGCUCUAAAAAGGAUGGAGUAAUAACUUCUUUAGAGAAAAACCUCAUACUUUUUUUGUGCAAAUUAUAUUGUUUUAAAGGCACACGCCAAAUCCAAUUUUAGUUUUGAUAAACAUGCACUUGUUUUACAUAUUAUUUUAAUAUAUGUUAAUGGCACAUAUAGAGUCUGUUUUUUUUUACCAAGAUUAUUAAGAAUAUGCCAUUUUCUGUUAUAAAACAUAAAAUCCACUUAGCUAAAACUCUAAUCUAAUAUAUAAAUCAUAUAAAUUGUUAAGCUAAUAGUUGUAAUUUACAGGAGGCUAUUUAUUAAGACAAUAAAAAUCCU